AUGCCUGCCACAAGGCCUGGUGCGCCAGGACAGUCGUCCACAACCUCUAAUGCCUAUUUCCACGACUUGAGCGAGGCCUCGGCGGCCAACAGCGAGGCCUCCGAGUCGGAGCGCGACGGCAGUGAGGUCUUUGACGAGCAGGACGGCGACCUUUCCGAUCUCGACGACCGGCUGGCGAAGCAGUCGGGCGGCGGCGGCGGGGCGUCGUGCUCCGCCGGCGGCGACCCGAGCGGGCUGCCGCUCUCCGUUCGCCGGCCCGGGUUCGCUGCUCGGCUCGGCUUCUCCAGCAAAGCCACCGCUCGGGCCUCUUUCGAAAGCAGAGGUGGAGAGCGGGUCGGCUGGAGCGGGGGCUUGUUGUCUUGGGCGCGGGCACAGUGGUCGGUGCAAUGUGAUUUUGAUUUUGAGGCUUUCGGAGGCUUUGGAAAGGAGGUUCGCAGCACCCUGAGGGAGGCGGCGAACCAGCUGAGCAACAAACUUUCGCACGCUCAGCACCUGGACGAGGUCACAUGGACCACCAAGAACUGGCACGGGCUGCAGAUGCAGCGCUUGUCUGUCGUCCUCCACACCGCCGUGGCGUGGCAGACGGUGAACGAGCUAGCGUGCGGGGAGAGCGGCAUUGUGCAUGGUGCGGAGUGCAUUGCCGUUCUUAACGGAGUCGCUUAG